UUAAAUACCGAAAUCUGUCCCUUAAGGUUCUUGAAAUCUAAUGUAAGGCAUUAUUUUCAAAUUGAAUAGAUUAAACAACCGAACACAUUCAUUUCCUUUUCACUGAAGAUGAGCUCGUCAGAGGCUGGCCCUCUGGCUAAUUACAACAGUCUAACUGAUAAGCACCUCUGUGGGUUCUUUCGAAAUGCGCGAACACAGCGCCAUUUGCGAAGAAUGGGAUUAAUCACCAAAAAAGGAGAAGUGGUAUCAGAGGAAAUGUUCAGGAUCUCGCAUGCAAGACGCGAACAUAAGAAACAUGUCAGAGAACUAUUAGCCCAAGCAAUUGUCCACAAAACUUUGGACCUUGAAAGAACACGCCAGAUCCAGAUCAGAAACCGACUUGAAGAUAUGGCGAAAAAAGAGCUGGUCGAGCGUGUUAAGACCGAGCGCUCUUUGAAAGGAGAUGAAGACGUCUUAAGCUUAAUGUCGCCACGCGCAAAACCCAGAAAGUCGGCAUCUUCAGCUACCUCAGAGCGCAGAAAGUCCAGCAGACAAAACGAGGAGAAGGAAAAUGGAUUUACAAGCGAUGAAAGUGGCCAUAAAGAGCCUUCAUCGAGACCAAAAUCCGGAAAGUCUACUAAAUCAACUAAGUCAAACUUUGACAUUGACUCCAAUGGACUCCCCGUUUUCAAAAGAAACGACGAAGUAGUCGAUUCUCAAUAUCUAUCAAGGUUGACUCCUCGUGCGUUGAGGCAGUUCACAAUGAGUUUGACAAAUAUUGACUACAUGAGUGGAGUGUCGCCUUAUGUUUUGCCUCAAGUGGAACCAGUGCCUCCGCAGACCCCGAGAGGACAGAGAUCCUCUACUGCUGGUACUCCGAGGAACAACACAGGUCGAUCACGUGGCGGCAGACGACAUUAUUUUCCCGAAAUAAAGGAGGAGCGUCGUACUGUGUCAAGAUACCCACCCGAAAAAGCUGAAUAUCACAGAAAGUUAUUACUUUCACCCAAGCAGGUUGUUAGUCUCCACCCUCCCCAUGACGAAGUGCAACAUGCACGCAGGAGUGAGACCCAAGUGAAGGUGUGCAUGAAGUACCUGGGGCAGGCAGGGGUCAAUCUGGGUCUGACGGAGGAGGAGCCGGAUGAAAUCCUGCUCAGCCAGCAGUUCAGUGGGGGAAACACUUUCCCAGUGUUCAGAGGCCAGCUGUUCAAGGACACCGAGUUCGCGUUCGAAUCGAAGCGACACCGAGGCUACCCUUUCAGCAUCACCCUCUACAUCAACGGAAAGGCAGACUCCAGAAUCAGCACCUGCUGCGAGUUCAAACACUGUCCCAAGGGGGGCAGACCCUUCGUGCGAUUGGGGGGCAAGCUGGGCAGAUUCGCAUUUGGAAAGACGGAGAGUGAGAACAAUGAGGGCAUGUGUUACAGGUGCAGGGCGGAGGCGGCUCUCAAGAAAACUGACGAUGAUUACGACGAAGACUUCCAGGAAUCGUCCGCUGAAGACGAAGAAGUGGAUUACAAAUUCACUGUAUACACUGGCGACGAGCCAGGCGCCGGCACAGAUGCGAACGUCACCGUAACAUUGUUCGGGGAGUCGGGAGAUUCCGGAGAGAUGAAACUGGACAAGAAACUGAAAGACAACUUCGAAAGAGGAAAGAAGGACUCUUUCAACCUGAAGAUGAAGGAGUUGGGUCCACUGGAGAAACUGAAGAUAUCUCAUGAUGGUAGUGGGUUCAACUCGGCUUGGUUUCUAGACAAGGUAGUUGUUGAGCACAAUGAUGAGAAGACUGUGUUCUACUGCAGUCAGUGGCUGGCAGAUGGGGUGGACGAGGAGGAUGAGGGAGAAGAAAAAGCUGAAGUAACCCUCCUGGCAGGAGCAUCCAAAUCAACCCCUCCCCUUAAGUAUUCGGUGACAGUGCACACUGGCUCAGUGAAAGGCGCAGGCACAGAUGCAGAUGUCUUCAUUUGCAUGUAUGGAAAGAAGGGCAAAUCUGGCACCAAAUUGCUGGAAAAAGCAGGAGAUGAUUUCGAAAGGGCCAGCAAGGGAAGCUAUAUUGUCCAGUCUCCCAACCUGGGAACUCUGGAGAAACUGAAGGUGUGGCACGACGGCAGUGGAUUGUGUUCUUCCUGGUUCCUGGAAAAGAUCGUGGUCAUUGGUGGGUCCCCAAAGGUGUCCCAGUCUGUGUUCUACUGCAACGACUGGCUCUCAGAUGAUAUGGAGGAUAAAAAAUUGUCCAAGAUGCUAGAUGCAAGUCCCCCCGAAACUUCUUAUGACGUGAAAGUGUAUACUGGGAGUGAGGAUGGGGCUGGUACUGAUGCAAAUGUGUUCAUCCAAAUCUAUGGCGAAGAUAACAACUCGGGUGUGAAGUACUUGAAUACGGACGGAAAAGAUGACUUCGAAAAAGACUCGAACAGUGUUUACAAGAUAGAGUGCCCCAAGUUAGGCAAACUGGAGAAAGUGCGAGUGUGGCAUGAUGGAAGUGGAUUCGGAUCAGACUGGUUCCUAAAGAAGAUUGUGAUUACAAAAGGACGAGAGUCGGUUGAGUUCCUGUGUAACAAGUGGUUGUCCGACAGCAAAGAUGAUGCCAAAGUCGAACGUAUCUUAUUUCCUAACGAAGCUCAAGAGUCUGUCCCAGGAAUUGACUACAAAAUAACCCUGUUCACUGGGGACGAGGCGGGAGCAGGCACCGAAGCACAGGUCAAACUGACCCUAAUGGGAGAGGAGGGGGAGUCGGGGGAGAUAGAACUGGAAAGGGAAGAGGACAGUUUCUCAAGGGGCAUGCAGGACACUUUUGAACUGAAGAUGAAGGAGUUGGGUAAACUGGAAAAACUGAAGAUAUCCCAUGAUGGAAGUGGGUUCAAGUCUGCAUGGUUCCUGGAGAAGGUUGUGGUCGAUCGUGAUGGGGAUGAGACGGUGUUCUACUGUGGGGAGUGGCUGGGAGACGGAAUAGAUGACAAACAGACUGAGAGAACACUGGUUGCUGGAGGAGACGAACCGACCAAAAUCAAAGAGUACUCAGUGACAGUGUACACUGGCAUCGAAGCCCUGGCCGGCACAGAUGCGGAUGUGUUCAUGAAACUAGAAGUGAAGUAUUCGCUGGAAGUGUACACUGGCGAUGUGUCUGGGGCAGGCACAGAUGCAAAUGUGUGUGUACAGUUGUCAGGAGACAGAGGAGAGUCCACUGCUUUCAUAUUGGAUAAAUCUGGCAAAGACGACUUCGAACGGGCAACCCGGGGCAAGUAUAUGGUCGAAUGUCAGCACCUGGGGAAUCUGCAGAAGCUAAAAGUGUCGCACGAUGGCAGUGGAUUUGGGGCAGACUGGUUCCUGGACAAGAUUGUGGUGACGUAUGAGGAGAAAGAGACUGUGUUUAAUUGCAAUAAGUGGCUCUCACACAGCCAAGACGACGGACACACCGAACGAACACUAUUCCCAUACGAAUUUGAUUACGAGUUCAUAGUCUACACUGGAGACAUAGCAGGAGCUGGCACCGACAGCAAAGUGUCCAUGACCUUAUAUGGAGAGAAGGGAGACUCGGGAGAACUCGUUUUAGACAAGGAGGGCUCAGACGAUUUUGAAAGAAACUCGAAGGGUGUGUAUAAGAAGAAGAUCAAAGAUGUGGGUGAAAUUCAGAAACUGAAAGUAUGGCAUGAUGGGAGGGGCAUCGGAGCAGGCUGGUUUCUAGACAAGGUUGAGGUGAAGAAGGAGGGCAAAGUGACAUUGUUCCAGUGCAACAGAUGGCUGGAUGAGAAAGAGGACGACGGAAAAAUAGAGCGGGAACUGUACCCUUAUGUACCAGAGUCCCAAAAAGACAAAUCGGGGCAUCCGGAGCCGCCUAAAGACAAGAAGAGUUCCAAGUGCAGAUUGAGGAAACAAGCAGUGGGUUCGAGGGAAAAUAGUCAGACUGAUGACAUGCAGUCUAGCAAUAGAGACAGACUUCGGAGUAGACAGCAGAUGAGGGAGGAUGAGGCGGAGGACGUGGUCAGGCCUGGAUCUGUGAUGAGUGUGAAGCAGGAUCCCAAUAAUAACCAGAGAAAUAUCAAGAGAGCUGUGAGUGCAGCAUCCAACCGCAGUGCAGUGAGUGUGGUUCACUCGGCAGGAGGUGAGUCGGCGGAGAGUGGGGUGAACAUCUUCGACCCACCCGACUUCAGCUCGACCGAGAACCUCCUCGCCGAAGGAGACGAAGACUACACUCCCAACAUUCUGGACAUGAACGAUGGGGAGUCGCUCACUGAUUCUCAGUCGCAUUCUAGAACUAACUUGGACAGCAGCGACUUCCAAAACGAAUAUGACAUCACUGAUGACGCAACACCCGGCGAGCAGAUGGACGACGACGCGGCAAGCAUGGAGCCCGAGGGCGCCGACACGCGAAGUCUGCGAAGUAUAGACAGCGUGCCGAGUCAAACUGCCGAACAAGUUUUGGCAGCCAAUUACAUUCAAGGAACAGACGAGGAUGAUCGUUUUAUAGUCUCCUUGAAGAAUGCUAAAAAUGCGGAAGCCGAAACCGAUUCUAUGAUUAAUAUUUCGAGUGAGGAAGAUGGGAAACAUGUGAAAAAGGAGGAUGAGUCACCUGGGUCGCCCCCUAACGGCAAGAAUGUGAAGUUUAACCCUGUGGUGAAUGAGAUAAAGAGUUACGAGUAUGAUGAGCAGUCGCUUUCUGAGAGUGUCAGUGGAAGUGUACGUGAAGUGCCUCAAAACGAAGAAAAAGAGUCGACGGAGCUGAAACUGGUUAUUGAAAGCACAUUAUGCGACGAGCAAUGGAUUUCGGAGACUUUAUCCAGUAUCAGAUCCCUUCCCGAAGACCGCCGCAACUUUGUCCAAUUGACCUUCCUGAAUUGUCACUUCAUCCAGCCAGAAUUCAACGAUUUCCUAGCUUCUCUUAAAGCUUUGAUUACCCAAAACUCCCUCAAGAUGAUGAGGUUUGAAAGUUGUUCCGAGUCGCAGCAGACGGAGGAGUUGAGUGAUCACAUAGUGGACAUUGCGGCCCAUCACUCCAAAUCACUCGCCUCUCUCAGCUGUAAAAACGUGUACUUUUCUCAAAACAGCAAAAUUUUUGCGUCUCCGUUUGAGAAGCCAGAUGAAAUUCCUCUAAGUGGACCUUCGAAGCAAGACGAGACUGAAUUUGUGGACAAAUACGUCAACCAAACACUCCAGAAUGUCAUUAUUCAAUUGAGUUCCGAGAACCGGCUGAAAGAACUGAAGCUGAUUGGUUGUGCUAAGCAAGGCGCAUUGCGCUCUUCUGAUUGGCUGAAUUUCUUGCACUCCUUACGCGCAAUGCAGAACCUCCACUCUCUUGACCUGUCUGAGAAUGACCUCUGUGACCUUGAAGUUCUGACUGAACUGAGCAAUUCAGUCUCUACUUUACCAAAUUUGGAAGUGCUAUCUCUGAAAAGGUGCAAUAUCGAUCCAGACAAAAUCAGAGGUUUGACUCCUCUGGUGGCUAGUAACAGUCUCAACACUCUGGAUUUGUCCGACAACUCAGUCGGCUCGGAGAGCAAAGACAGGCUGGAAAAACUAACCCAGUUCUUCAAACCUCCAAAACUUAUCGUCAACUGAGAAUUAUCUGAAUUGGAUUGCGUCUUGAAAUUUACCCAAUUUUAAUUAAUGUGAUUUAAUGUGAAUAUACUGCUUAUAAGUGUACAAAUGUCUAAAACGUCAACUUUUCUAUCAAUUCUGUGUCCAAAAUAAAGAUACAAGUCUUUAUAAACGUAGUGCAAUGUAUGAAUGAUGCGUGCAAUAGAACUAACGAUAGCCUUAAUAUGCUUGAAUUAGAAAUUGUCUUCCUUUU